AUGUCUGCCCCGGCUUCGACCUUCAAGGUUGCCGACAUCUCGCUGGCUGCCUUUGGCCGCCGCGAGAUUGAACUGGCUGAGAAUGAGAUGCCCGGUCUGAUGGCCACCCGUGCCAAGUACGCUGAGGACCAGCCGCUCAAGGGUGCCCGCAUUGCCGGCUGCCUGCACAUGACCAUCCAGACUGCUGUCCUGAUCGAGACUCUGGUCGCUCUCGGCGCUGAGGUCACCUGGUCGUCUUGCAACAUCUUCUCCACACAGGACCACGCUGCCGCGGCCAUUGCUGCCUCGGGCGUGCCCGUCUUCGCCUGGAAGGGUGAGACCGAGGAGGAGUACAACUGGUGCCUGCAGCAGCAGCUCAUUGCCUUCAAGGACAACCAGAAGCUGAACCUGAUCCUGGACGACGGCGGUGACCUGACCCAGCUGGUGCACGACAAGUACCCCGAGAUGCUCGAGGGCUGCUUCGGUCUGUCUGAGGAGACCACCACGGGCGUUCACCACCUGUACCGCAUGCUCAAGAACAACAAGCUGUUGGUGCCCGCCAUCAACGUCAACGACUCCGUCACCAAGUCCAAGUUCGACAACCUGUACGGCUGCCGUGAGUCCCUGGUCGACGGCAUCAAGCGUGCCACCGACGUCAUGAUUGCCGGCAAGAUUGCCGUCGUUGCCGGAUACGGCGACGUCGGUAAGGGCUGCGCCCUGGCUCUGCACGGCAUGGGUGCCCGUGUGCUGGUCACCGAGGUUGACCCCAUCAACGCUCUGCAGGCCGCUAUGGCUGGCUUCCAGGUCACCACCAUGGAGAAGGCUGCCCCCAUCGGUCAGAUCUUCGUGACGACCACCGGCUGCCGCGACAUCCUGGUUGGCAAGCACUUCGAGGCCAUGCCCAACGACGCCAUUGUCUGCAACAUUGGCCACUUCGACGUUGAGAUUGACGUUGCUUGGCUCAAGGCCAACGCCGCGAGCCACACCAACAUCAAGCCUCAGGUCGACCGCUUCACCAUGAAGAGCGGCCGCAACCUGAUCCUGCUGGCUGAGGGCCGUCUGGUCAACCUGGGCUGUGCCACUGGUCACUCUUCGUUUGUCAUGUCGUGCUCGUUCACCAACCAGGUUCUGGCCCAGAUCCUGCUGUUCAAGAACAAGGACGCCGCUUUCUCCAAGAAGUACGUUGAGUUCGCCAAGACUGGCGCUCUCGAGAACAAGGUCUACGUCCUGCCGAAGAUCCUCGACGAGGAGGUCGCCAAGCUGCACCUGAGCCACGUCAACGCCGAGCUGAGCUCCCUGACGCCGGUGCAGGCCGAGUAUCUCGGUCUGCCCAUUGAGGGCCCUUUCAAGUCCGACAUGUACCGCUACUAA